CUCAGACCUAAACAUAAAUGAUCAUAACCCAGAUACAAAACUAAGAUAAAACAAGACUGCAACAAUGGAUCAAGCACCCACAACAGGCUUUCGUUUCUACCCAACUGAAGAAGAACUCGUCUCCUUCUACCUCCUCAACAAGCUCGAAUCCAAGCACCAAGACAGCAUUCGCCGCGUCAUCCCAGACCUUGACAUUUACAGCACCGAGCCAUGGGAGCUCCCAAAUUAUGCAGCGGAGCUGUGCCGUGGAGACACCGAGCAGUGGUUCUUCUUUACGCCCAGGCAGCAACGAGAAGCGCAAGGUGGGAGACCUAACCGGACUACGGCUUCCGGCUACUGGAAGGCAACUGGCUCUCCUGGGUAUGUUUACUCCUCGGAUAAUCGGGUCAUUGGAGUGAAGAAAACCAUGGUUUUCUACAAAGGGAAAGCUCCAACUGGAAGAAAGACCAAGUGGAAGAUGAAUGAGUACAGAGCCAUUGACGAAACAGCAGCUCCCUCAGCUACCACUAGUAAUAGUGCCAGUACUGCUAUCAUUCCCAAGUUGAGGCAUGAAUUCCGACUGUGCCGGGUGUACAUAGUAUCGGGGAGUUCUCGAGCAUUCGAUAGGCGCCCGCCGGAAGGAAGCGGAUAUGCAUCACAUCGACGAAGUAAUUUAACGGGGGCAAGUGCUUCUUCAUCUCACCAGGCAGCAAUGGUAGCAGAGAAAACAAGCUCAUCAUCUGAUACUCGUUCAAAUUCAGGAGACCAAGCUGAUUUCCAAGCAGAGAAUAAUGAUUUGGAAAUGGAUGAUGAUCUUCAACCUCUAUGGGAAUGGGAGCAGCUAAACUUACUCUAAAGCUGACAUUCAGAAUUCGAUAGCACUCACGUGUAUGUUUGAUUAUCCAAUAAUCGUAUUCAAAGUUUAAGUAUGACAAGUUCGAUGCGAAAAAAGUUCAAACCUACACUUAUGAUCGUGCCUACAGUUCAACGAAUGUUCAAUUUGAAGAGUAAUUAUUGAGAAUAGGCAUAACUUAAUUUAGGUGUAGUUACUUUUUAAUUAUUUUUUAUCGUAAUUUAAGUGUAAUUAAAUUUCAAUUUUUUUUCACACUUACCUUAAUUUGUAAAAGUGAGUGAUGGGUAAAAGUCGGGGCUUAGUUUGGCUUCAACAGUGCGUCAGUAUAGAUGUCCCUUUUGACGUCUAAAGUGGAAAAAGUUUCGGUUGAAGCUUUUAUCUCCCAUUCUCAUUGUAAUCU